GUUGGUAGAUGCGCGUUACAUUAUGCAUAUCUGGUAUCAGAAAGCACAAGUCUGGUAAAUUAUCUGCUGCUGCAUGGAGCUAAUCCAAUCAACGCCGACUGGGCUGGUCGGUAUCCAGGACAAUAUCAUAUUGGAAGUUGUGGGAAAGAUGAGUAUGUCCGUUUACAAAGGUCAAUGUAUGGUUUUACAAUGGACGUGUACCUUGCCGAGACAAACUUCGAACAAUCUCUACUGAAAGCUGUCAAAAAAGGUGACGUUCUGGGCGUUGAAGACCUGGUGGUCGGUCUAGCUGACAAAGGGGACAUCAAUCGCUACGCCAAUAUUCUCUUCCAUUGUGUAGAUACAGGGAGACAACACAUCGCAGUAUAUCUAAUACAGCAAGGCAUGCGUACAGAUAUAUAUAAACAGUACGAGGAUUGCAAUGCACGAAAUUCUGCAUGUUCCACGUACACGUGUGACCAUGACCUGACGUCACUUUACACACGCGCCAAACAGCUUAAACGUUAUGAAAUUUUGAAAGCCAUUGACAAAGCCUCAUUACACAAAUCUUCAGGAGAAAUGGAUGGGCGGCCAUCAAUAACAAAACCUUCUACAAUGGACCAACUCUCAUUGCUCGGGCUUGUAUAGAACGUGCAAUUGAUAUCACUCAUUUUUGAAUGGUC